AUGGAAGAGACGAUUGUGGAAGAAUGCAUUAACCUCGCCAUCACACUGAAGGAAGAAGGGCGGAGGGUCGUCGGUAUUGACCUCUGUGGUGAUCCGCGGGCCGGGGAACUCCAGCGGUUCGUCAAACACUUUCAAAAUGCCAAGAAGUCGGGACUGGGUGUAACUGUCCAUAUCGCCAAAACAGCUGACAAUCCUGCUUCCGAGACUGAUGAUCUGCUUCACACGUUUGCGCCGUCGAGGCUAGGCCAUGCAACAUUUCUCGACGAAGAGGCCAUGAAGAUAGUGUUCAAGAAGGAUAUAGCCGCUGAGCUUUGCCUGACAGGCAACCUUCUUCACUUCCACUUCAUUCUUCGAAUGGCCGUCGAACUCGAACGCAAGUAUAUCAUGACACCCCAAGAUAAGAGAAACAUCAGAAGGAUUCUUCUCGCGCUGGCUAUUGCCACCUCAGACGACGAGCCCUACAAUCCUGUUGAAUGGGAGUUCAUGGGCCGCACAUUCACGCCGCCUACGUCAAUGGAAUAUGCCCACGAGAGUCGUGCAGAUCCGGCGGCCUAUGGUCGCAGGCUCACAGACCGCGUAUUCGUGCCGCCAAGUGCAAUCCGCACGGUCAUCUGA